UUCCGGGGCUCCUUGACCGGCCGCAGCAUGAGUGUCCCCGCCGCCGUCCCCAUCUUCGCGCCCGGCGAGAACUGCAGCCCCGCGUGGGGCGCCGCGCCCGCAGCCUACGACGCGGCGGACACGCACCUGCAGAUCCUGGGCAAGCCGGUGAUGGAGCGCUGGGAAACGCCCUACAUGCACGCGCUGGCCGCCGCCGCCGCCUCCAGAGGCGGCCGGGUGCUGGAGGUCGGCUUCGGCAUGGCCAUUGCGGCCUCCAGGGUCCAGGAAGCGCCCAUAGAGGAGCACUGGAUCAUUGAGUGCAACGAGGGUGUCUUCCAGCGGCUGCAGGACUGGGCCCCUCGGCAGCCACACAAGGUUGUCCCCUUGAAAGGCCUGUGGGAGGAGGUGGCACCCACUCUACCAGAUGGUCACUUUGACGGAAUCCUCUAUGACACGUACCCACUGUCCGAGGACACCUGGCAUACUCACCAGUUCAACUUCAUUAAGGGCCACGCCUUCCGCCUGUUGAAGCCUGGGGGUGUUCUCACCUACUGCAACCUCACAUCCUGGGGGGAGCUUAUGAAAACCAAGUACUCAGACAUCACUACCAUGUUUGAGGAGACACAGGUGCCUGCACUGCUGGACGCAGGCUUCCGGCGGGAGGACAUCCGCACAGAGGUGAUGGCACUGGCCCCGCCGGCCGACUGCCGCUACUACGCCUUCCCGCAGAUGAUCACGCCCGUGGUGACCAAGUGCUGAGCC